AUGCAGUCCUUUCGGGAGCAAAGCAGUUACCACGGAAACCAGCAGAGCUACCCACAGGAAGUGCACGGGGCAUCCCGGCUAGAAGAAUUUAGCCCCCGCCAGCAGGCCCAGAUGUUCCAGAGCUUUGGAGGAGGUGCUGGCAGUGGGCGCCGGGGAGCAACAGGAGCAUCUGCAGCAAUGGCUGGUGAGAGCUCUGGGCACCAGAGCUACCAAGGUUUUAGAAAAGAAGCAGGAGAGUUUUACUACAUGGCCUCCAACAAGGAUACAGUGGCAGCAGGUGGGCAGCAGCCACCUCAGCGCAGGCCGUCUGGACCAGUGCAGAGCUACGGGCCACCCCAAGGAAGCAACUUUGGGAGCCAGUACGGGAGCGAGGGACAUGUGGGCCAGUUCCAAACACAGCAUUCAGCCCUUGGGGGUGUAUCUCACUAUCAGCAGGAUUAUACUGGUCCUUUCUCUCCAGGGAGUGCCCAGUAUCAGCAGCAGGCUUCCAGCCAGCAGCAGCAGGUGCAACAGCUGAGACAGCAGCUCUAUCAAUCCCAUCAGCCUUUACCACAGGCAUCCAGCCAGCCUGCGUCUAGCACCUCCCACUUGCAGCCAAUGCAGCGUCCAUCUGCCCUGCCUUCCUCUGCUUCUGGGUACCAGUUACGAGUGGGUCAAUUCAGCCAACACUAUCAACCCCCUGCUUCUUCCUCUUCCUCUUUCCCCUCCCCACAGCGUUUUGGGCAGUCUGGGCAGAACUAUGAUGGCAGUUACAGUGUGAAUUCUGGUUCACAGUAUGAAAGCCAUGCUGUAGGUUCUAAUUCACAGGGAUAUGGGACUCAAUCUAAUUAUAGCUUUCAGACUCAGCCAAUAAAAAGUUUUGACCAGUCUAAGAUGCCCCAGGGUGGGCAGCAGGGGCAGCAGCAACAGCACCCCUCACAGCAUGUAAUGCAGUACUCAAAUGCUGCCACCAAGCUAUCUCUUCAAAGUCAAGUGGGACAGUACAGCCAAGCUGAAGUCCCUGUGAGAUCACCCAUGCAGUUCCAUCAGAACUUCAGUCCUAUAUCCAACCCAUCUCCAGCUGCCUCGGUGGUCCAGUCUCCAAGCUGCAGCUCUACCCCAUCACCCCUCAUGCCAAGUGGGGAAAACCUCCAGUGUGGGCAAGGCAAUAUGUCGAUAGGCUCUAGAAAUCGAAUUUUACAGAUGAUGCCUCAGCUUAGCCCAACACCAUCCAUGAUGCCGAGCCCCAAUGCUCAUGGUGGAGGAUUCAAGGGAUUUGGGCUGGAAGGACUUCAGGAGAAGAGACUUACAGAUCCAGGGCUGAGCAGCCUAAGUGCUUUAAGCUCUCAAGUGGCCAACCUUCCUAACACAGUCCAGCACAUGUUACUUUCAGAUGCCUUGGCACCUCAGAAAAAAAGUUCCAAAAGGUCAUCGUCGUCUAAAAAAGCUGACAGUUGCACCAACUCAGAAGGCUCCUCCCAGGCAGAGGAGCAGCUUAAGUCUCCCCUGGCAGAGUCCCUCGAUGGCGGCUGCUCUAGCAGUUCAGAGGACCAUGGAGAGAGGGUCAGACAACUGAGUGGCCAGAGCACUAGUUCUGACACUACCUACAAUCGGGGUAACUUAGAGCGAUCCAACUUGUCACCAGCACAAGGCUCUCAGAAUGAGCCAGCCAAACUCAGUACCAGCCCUACAGUUAGGGAAGAUGUGGGUUCCCCGGGUGAAAAGGAAGUCCUGAUAGCAGUGGAUUCCACCCCAAAAGUGAACGAAAAGACAGUUGGGGUGAUAGUCUCUCGGGAGGCCAUGACAGGCCGAGUAGAAAAAUCAGGCAGGCAGGAUAAAUCCUCACAAGACGAUGCUCCUCCAGCUACCCAAGCGCCUCCUGGUACCAGUGGAUUAAAAGAAACUGGGCAGGUGUUACCACAGUCAGAGCCUCAAGGAGGGAGCAAAGGGAGUAAGAGUGGGGAUAACAAUACUAACCACAAUGGAGAGGGAAACAGCCAGCCUGGCCAUGCAAUCAUUGGCUCAAGUUUUCCUGGCAGAACAGAACCUUCCAAAUCGCCUGGCAGUUUGAGGUACAGCUAUAAGGACAACCUUGGGGCUGGCAUGCAGAGAAAUAUUGGUGGCUUUCCUCAGUAUCCUUCAGGUCAAGAAAAAGGGGAUUUUCCAGGGCAUAGUGAGCGAAAGGGCAGGAAUGAGAAGUUUCCUAGUCUUCUGCAGGAGGUCUUGCAGGGUUAUCACCACCACCCAGACAGAAGAUAUGCUAGGAAUGCACAAGAACAUCCAGGCAUGGCUGGAAGCCUGGAAGGAGCCAUGAGGCCCAACAUUCUAAUUAGUCAAACCAAUGAAUUAACCAAUAGGAGUCUCCUAAAUAAAAGCAUAGGGUCUCUCCUGGAAAGUCCUCACUGGGGCCCCUGGGAUAGGAAAUCAAGUGGCACAGCUCCUGAGAUAAAACAGAUCAAUCUGGCUGACUAUCCUAUCCCUAGAAAGUUUGAGAUAGAGUCACAGUCUUCAGCCCAUGAAGGGGGAACACUCUCAGAGAGAAGAUCAGUGAUCUGUGACAUAUCUCCAUUAAGGCAGCUUGUCAGAGAUCCUGGGCCUCACCCAAUGGGUCACAUAGGUGCUGAGGCCAGAAGUGGGAGGAGUGAACGUCUCACUCCUGGUUUAGGCCAGUCAGUCAUCCUCCCUGGUGGCCUGGUGUCCAUGGAAACAAAGUUGAAGUCUCAUAGUGGGCAAAUAAAAGAGGAAGAUUUUGAACAGGCCAAGACCUCAGUCAAUCUCAACAGUAAAAAAUCAGGAGACCAUUGUCAUCCUGCCAAUGUUAAGCAUGAGUCUUUCCGAGGCAAUGCCAACCCUGGAGCUGCAGCCCCUGAUUCUACUCCAGACUACGUCUCCCAGCAGGACAGCAGAUCAACACAGCUAAGACGAGCACCUGGAAGAAUGGGAAGCAGCAGAGAGGGCAUGAGAGGUAAAUCACCUUCUCAAUAUCAGGAUCUGGCUGACAAACUGAAGAUGUCACCAGGCAGGAGCAGAGGCCCAGGAACGGACUUCCACCACAUGAAUCCACACAUGACACUGUCUGAGAGGGUCAGCAGGGGUUCUUUGCAUUCUCCCUUCCCUCAGAACUCUGAAGGCUCAUCUUUGGCUUCGGCAUAUCACACAAACACUAGGUCUCAUGCUUUUGGUGACCCUAACCAAAGUUUGAAUUCCCAGUAUCAUUACAAAAGGCAGAUAUACCACCAGCAGCAAGAAGAAUACAAAGAUUGGAGCAGCAGUUCUGCACAGGGUGUGAUUGCUGCAGCUCAGCACAGGCAGGAAGGGGCAAGGAAGAGUCCAAGACAACAGCAGUUCCUUGAGAGAGUAAGGAGUCCCUUGAAAAAUGACAAGGAAGCAAUGAUGUACAUCCAGGCUAGCUCUUACCAUGAUACUGGAAGCCAAGAAGCUGGGCGCUGUCUCAUAGGGAGUGAUGGUACACAAAACAAAUGCACCGAAUUAAAACAUGGUGUCCAGAAGAUGCAGCAACAGGAAUCUGGUUGGGAUCUCUCCCGGCAGAUCUCUCCUGCCAAGAACAGUGGGCCUCUAGGAGCAACCAAUCAGAAAAGGUUUUGCUCUCAAGAUAGUGAUGGGCAUAGGCGGGAGGAAUCUGCGGAUUUGCCCAAACCUAGUAAUGCGAUGCUGAGGCUCCCUAGCCAAGAAGACCAGUCUCCUCAAAACCCCUUAAUUAUGAGGAGGAGGGUCCGUUCUUUCAUUUCUCCUAUUCCCAGCAAAAGACAGUCGCAGGAUAUGAAGAACAGUGGCACAGAAGAUAAAGGGCGACUGCUUCUCCCCUCAAAGGAAGGAGCUGACAAAGCAUUCAACUCCUAUGCACAUUCAUCUCUAAGCCAAGAUGCUGGCAAGCCACUCCCAAAGGGAGACUCCUCCAAGGAUCUCCAAAGUCCUGACAACAGGAAUUGCCCUGCUGUUUCCCUCACAAGCCCAGCUAAGACCAAAAUAUUGCCCCCACGGAAGGGGCGGGGAUUGAAACUGGAAGCUAUUGUUCAAAAGAUUACAUCCCCCAACAUCAGGAGAAGUGUUUCCUCCAACAGUGCUGAAACUGGUGCAGAUGCAGUCACCCUUGACGACAUCCUGUCCCUCAAAUGUGGACCACCUGAAGGUGGGAGUUUGGUAAGUCAUGGACCAGAGACAGAAAAGAGAAAAGGGGAGACUGUGUCAGAUCCAGUGGGGCAAGUGAGCCAGGAAUUGACUAGUGAAAGAUCUCUGCCAAGAUCUUCAGAAGAGUGGCACAGCAGUGGGGAUGACAAAGUCAAGAAGGAGACACCUGAAGUUGCUAGUGUCAGUAAAGAGGUAUCUGGGGCCAAUGUUGCCACACCACCUUCACAGAAGUCUGGUAGUCAAGGACGAUUAGAUGGAUCCUUAAGUGGAGCUGGAACUCUGAUGUUUCCUGACUCAAAAACAGUUUCUCCUUCCAGUAUGUUGAUUUCUGAACCAAACCCAAAGUCUGAAGAAAAAGAUGGAGAUAUGACAAAUAUUUCACCUAAGCCAGAUGGCUUCCCUCCAAAGGGAUACUUCCCCUCGGGAAAGAAAAAGGGGAGGCCUAUUGGUAGCGUAAACAAGCAGAAGAAGCAGCAGCAGCAGCCACCACCACCUCCUCCUCCACCAGUGCCGCUACCACCACAGCCAUCAGAAGGGACAAGAGGUGGAGAACCAAAACCUAAGAGACAAAGGAGGGAGAGGAGGAAACCUGCAGCACAACCACGAAAGCGGAAAACUAGACGGGCCACUCCAAUUGUGGAACCUCAAGAACCAGAGAUCAAGCUGAAGUAUGCCACCCAGUCGCUGGAUAAAACUGACACCAAGAACAAGUCCUUUUUCCCGUACAUUCAUGUGGUAAACAAGUGUGAGAUAGGCGCUGUGUGCACAAUCAUCAAUGCAGAGGAAGAAGAGCAGAACAAGUUGGUGAGGGGCCGAAAGGGACAAAGGUCACUGACACCCCCUCCUAGCAACACUGAGAGCAAAGUUCUGCCCACCUCAACUUUCAUGCUGCAGGGCCCCGUGAUAACUGAGUCUUCUGUCUUGGGGCAUCUGGUUUGCUGCCUGUGUGGAAAGUGGGCCAGUUACCGCAAUAUGGGAGACCUCUUUGGGCCUUUCUAUCCCCAGGAUUAUGCAGCUACGCUGCCCAAAAACCCGCCUCCCAAGAGGGCCUCAGAAAUGCAAAGCAAGGUCAAGGUACGACACAAAAGUGCUUCUAAUGGCUCCAAGACCGAUACAGAAGAGGAAGAAGAACAGCAACAACAGAAAGAACAGAGAAGCCUGGCUGCCCACCCCCGCUUUAAGAGGCGGCAUCGCUCUGAGGAUUGUGGUGGGGCCCCUCGGUCACUUUCAAGGGGAGCUGCUUGUAAGAAAGCAACCACUGAGGGUGGCAGUGGCAGUGAAAAGACUCCCUUGGACUUAAAAGCCCCCAUGCCCACUUCAGAAGGUGGCCCUGAGCUGGAGUUACAAAUUCCUGAACUACCUCUUGACAGCAAUGAAUUUUGGGUCCACGAGGGUUGUAUUCUCUGGGCCAAUGGAAUCUACCUGGUGUGUGGCAGGCUCUAUGGGCUGCAGGAAGCUGUGGAAAUAGCAAGAGAGAUGAAAUGUUCCCACUGCCAAGAGCCAGGAGCCACCUUAGGCUGCUACAACAAAGGUUGCUCCUUCCGAUACCAUUACCCGUGUGCCAUUGAUGCAGAUUGUUUACUAAACGAAGAGAAUUUCUCAGUGAGGUGCCCCAAGCACAAGCCCCUCCUUCCUUGCUCUCUUCCCUCCUUGCAGAACAAGAUGGUGAAAGGCAGUCUCAGCACAGAGCAGUCGGAGCGGGGGUGAGGGGGGAAGUGUGCUCCUGGGAAUGGAAAUAAAAGCAA